AUGUGGUCUCAUGCUAAAUGUCUUGACAUGAGUACAAGUGCGUUUAAGUAUUAUCUUCAAAACCCUAAAUUAAAUUGGGAAUGUAACUGGUGCUCACUUCCAUUUAAUGAAUUAUCAGAAGGUGAACUUGUCCUAGAACUUGAAACUGAAAAUAUUAUAAGCCGGCAAGAGUCUGACACGGAAUUAGGGAUAAACACAAAUCAAGGAUUUAUAAACCCUUCUGACAAUCUAAACACAAAAUCAAUAAUUGAUGAAAGACAGACUGAUUCAAGCGAGGCACUUAUAGUACACCUCAAUAUUAACAGUAUCCAAAACAAGUUUGAAGAGUUAAAAACCUUAAACGAGAAGCUUAAAGCACAUGUAAUAGCAAUCUCUGAGACUAAAAUCGACAGCUCGUAUCCUAGCAAUCAGUUUGCUAUUGAGGGUUAUAACAUUUAUCGCAAAGAUAGGAAGAAAGGCGGAGGCGGUUUGAUUGUAUAUUUUUCGAUGUGUUUACCCUCACAAAAGAUAGCGUUACCAAAGGUUUUUAAAACUUUUGAGGCAAUAGCUGUUGAAACAAGAAUAGGAACUAAGGAUAUUAUGUUCUUAGUCAUGUAUAGACCACCUAAAUAGACAAGCAAAAGAAAUGAUAAGCAAUCUAAAUAUUAUGAAACGGUUGAGCAGGAAAUUAAUGACAUAGUUAUGUGGACCUCACUUAAGAAACAAUUUGUAAUUGUCAUGGGAGAUCUUAAUAUGGAUAGAUUAAAGCCUAAUGAUUGAGAAGGGAAAAUACUUAAAGAUUUGGAGGAGGUUAAUAAUUUACAGUGCAUGAUAACUGAGCCUACAAGAAUAACAAUGAAUUCUCAAACUUUACUUGAUGUUCUGUUGACAAAUUCGCCAGAGCUUUUUAGGAAAUGUGGGACGUAUAAUCCUGAUAUCAGUGAUCAUUACCUUAUAUAUGGAAUUAUGUCUCAGAAAAUACGUAAACAUGAACCUAAAGUUAUAACAUUUAGAAGCAUAAAAAAUAUUAUUAUACAUUUAAUAUGUAUUCUCGUUUCUAAUUGGUCAGAAAGCACCGGCUAAUUUUCAGUAUUCGGCAUUUAUUACGUAUUUUCCGCCGAUGACGUCAUCAGCGUCCAAUAAUUGUUUUUUUGGAUCGAACUUGCAUCCAAAAAAAAAAAUUAUUGGACUCUCUCGUGCCCAAACCCUUGCGCGGCCAAAAGCUUGAACCUGUAAGCGCGCGAAAAAAACAAACAAACAAUGGCCGACAGCAGAUUUGCUUCGCUGAAUGAAAGUGAACUCUCCAAAUUAUUGGCAGAUAAGGAUAGUGAAAGCACGAAAAAAGCCACAAAGGGGUAAAUAGAAGUAGAAAUAGAAUAUUUAGCUGACCUUAAUUUGACUUUGUGCAAGGUGUUUGAUAUUCAAAUUGUACUUUUCCUACCUCAUGAACAGGAAUCGUUUUAUACUUUUCUCAUGUCUUUAAAUGUGUAAUAAAACAAUUAUUGGAUUCGGCUUUCGCAUGAUAUCAAGAAUUAUUCAGACCUCGGUCUAUGUUAUCCGCCUCAGCUUCGCUUCGGCAGAUAACAUUGACCUCGGUCUGAAUAAUUCUUGAUAUCAUGCUCAGCCUCAUCCAAUAAUUGCUUAUUAAUGUAGCAGAAGUUUUCGAUGAUAUAUAGAUGAUAAAUAUGUUUAUUGGAACGGAUUACUUGAAAGUGUACUAAAUGAACAUGUACCACUCAGACGGAAAAUAAUACGUGAUAAAGAUAUACCUUAUAUGACUAUGGCUUGGAAAAAAGCAAUCCGAAACAAGAGAAAAUAUGCUGUUCAAUUCUCUAAAAACCGUACACAAGAAAAUUUUGAACUGAAGAAGUAUCGUAAUAUAGCUACAAGAGAGCGUAGAAAAGCAAUUAAGCAUUACUGGCGAAAAAAGUCAGAAGAACUAAACGAAAAACCAUCAGAGUUCUAUAAAACAUUUCGGCCAUUCCUCAACAACAAAUCGACAAACUCCUCAGAAAUAAGUCUAAGAAAUGAAGAUGGGAAUAUUAUAACCGAUCAAUUGGAAGUUGCAGAUUUACUUGCUAAUUACUUUACUUAUGCGGCAGCUAAUGUGGGUGGAGAUCACGUAAGAAAUAUAACAGAGAAUGAAUGCCAUAACCACUACAGCGUGCAAAAUAUAAGGAAUAAUUAUGAAAAUAUAAAUUUCGAUUUUAAAAGAGUUAAACAAGAAGAAGUUAAAUCAGAACUUGACAAUUUAAACACUAAAAAAUCUUCAGGAUGGAAUUCGACUAUGUCACCAAAAUUGACGAAACUGAUAUCAGUAGGUAUUACACCAUCCCUGACAAAGCUCUAUAAUGAAUGUAUUGAAGAGAGCCAGUGGCCAUUAGACUGGAAAAAGGGAGAAUGGAUUCCUGUUUUUAAAAAAGACAAUAAACAAAAGAAGGAAAAUUAUAGACCCAUUACUACACUUCUAACAGUUGAUAAGAUCUUUGAGAAGUUGAUAUGCACACAAGUAGUGGACAAGUAUGAUGAUAGUUUAUAUAGUCGGAUGACUGGAUAUAGGAAUUAG